AGAACGGGUUUCGUUGAUAAUCGAUCAUGGACCGGUUGAUGACCUCGACCGCAGUAGUUGGUAAACUUCUACCUACAUUGCAGAACCCGAAUCCAUCAGCCACCUCCCAGGAAUCCUUCUUGACUACCACUAUAAAUAGACGACAGAUUACCAGAUCCCCAUGAAAGAAUAGAAGUUUGUUUUUCUGCGUUUUCACUGUUUAAGUCUUGUGGAAUAACCUUGCCAAUGAUGUUUCCGUUUCAAAGUAUUAGCCAGAAGUUUCUGGAACGCUAUAGAAUUUUUCAGAUAAGAACAUGGGAAAGUUGAGUCAUGGAAGAAGAAGAAGCAGAAGAAUAACAAGAAGAAAGUUCGAAGUUUUUUAGCAUUAAAUAAAGAAGACGAAGACUUAUAGUUUGUCAGGCUACAUAAGAGAUUUCCAGCGAGAGGUGGUAGGCUGGUCUCCGCAAACUUUGCUCCUCUCUCUCACUCUCUCUCCCUAUUGGCGAAUUUCAUGUGUCUGCUGAGCUGACAGAGCACAGCCUUCGUCUUCUUUGAAGUCCUCUUCUUCCACGCCUCCAAGUUCUCUGGUACUCAUCCAUUUGUCAACUAGUUCUUUUGCCUUUUCCUCCUUUUUGUUGCGCUAGUGUAGAGAUCCCUCCUUGAACUUUAAAUCAGCUCAUAUGGAGCAGAACUGAGGUGAUCGCAAUCUGUUAAAGAAAACCCUUGAAUUUUUCACACUGUUUGGCAUCCUCCGAGUUCGAAUUGCGCUGUUCUAGUACUCUUUGGAGAAAUGGCAUUUCAUCAGAACUUAGCCUCAAAGGAUCCACGACCUCCUACCGUGACGCAGGCCUCGGCUACCGGCCAAACGCAGGACGGGUUUAUCUCGAGCCCUGUUCACACGGCUGUUAACCCUCAGUUGGCACCGGUCUUAAACCCUCAACAGGUUCCCAACCCCGGGUUCGGAGGAGGUACCGUAUAUGCCAAUGCUGCUCAUGGUGGUGCCGAGUGGCACUCAAGUGUGCCGGCGCCCCAUGGAUAUGCACGUGCAAAUCCAUCUGCAGCCGUUGGUUAUCCUCAUAUUGUAAGUAACGUUGGUGCAAAUGGUAUUGAUAAGAGUGGUAAUGAGGUGGCACCUGGCUUUGGUUAUGGCCCGUAUGUAGGGCAUAGGAUCGUCGGCAAUACAGUGGGUCGGGCCGGAGCUCAAAACGCAAAUCGGAAUGGUUCUGGCCAGAAUUUUGUCACUAUAGACCGCAGAAAUGAUGAAGAGCAGUUCAGCAGUGAUUCAGGUGUCGGCCACAAGCCCCAUUUGAGCGACCAAGGUAGUGGAAGUGGGGCUGGCCGGCUGAUUGAUAAAGUUGGGGAGGAUUUGGUAUUGGGAAAGACAGUUAAGCUCUUAUGUAAGUUUGGGGGUGAACUCUUGCGUAGUCCCGAUUGUGGUGUGUUGAAAUAUGCCAGGGGCGAAAUGAAGAUAGUCCGCAUUAGGGGAGAUGUGAGCUUUAGUGAGUUUGUGCAGAAGAUGGUGGAUACUUGUGGGCAGCAAGUUGUUGUGAAGUACCAGCUCCCUGAUCACGAUCUGGACGCUUUGAUUUCUGUUACGAGUCAUGAUGAUCUUGAUCAUAUGAUGAAUGAGUGUGAGAGAUUAGACAGCGGAUUGUCAGAUGGUUCAGCUAAGCUAAAAGUUUUUCUUUUCCCUGAUCCCAAGCUGGAUUCGUCAAGUGCCAUUAGGAUUGGCGACUUGCACAGUAGUGGGCAGAGAAAUCUCGAAGCCAUGAAUGGUACAAUGGAUGGUAUGGGUGGUGGUACUACAAGGAAAGAGAGUACAGCAAGCACAACAUCCUCACAAAAUUCUGAUAUUAGCAGCAAUGAAGCUUUUGAUAGAACAGUUCCUGUGCAAGCAGAUAUCGAUGGGCCACCAUUGACCAGCACACGGUCUCCUGGAGGGAAUUUAGCUGCUUCUAAUGAUGCAUCAUCUUUGCAACUGGAGAUUGAACAAGAAAGAACUGCACCAAAGAGACCAUUGGCUAACAAUUUGCAGCAAGCAGGAGGGGGCAUUCCAUCAGCUUCACCUUACAUCCGAAGUUACAUGGAUCCUCACAAGGAGAAUGUCAACAUAGAUCACCUGCCUCCUCCUCAUAUGAUGGAUCGUCCAAGUCCUCAUCCAUUGGGAACUGCUGGUCCUGCUUAUGCCCAGCAGCAGUUUCACGAGAAUGCUGGUGGUGGUAACUCUCAGCAGCUUAUAUCUGCUGUAGAUAGAACAACGGAUAUGGCAUCUUCUCAAGCGGGUUUAAGGCCUACUGUAGUUCCGCCAUUUACUCAUCCUCAACAAAAUCAGUCGGGGGAAGAGGCCACAUCUGGGAAGAGGUUGGUUCCACUUCCUAGUGAGAAACAUCACGAUGCAUAUCGAGUCCAAGCACCUUCUGCAAUGGUUGGAGAUGCUAAUGGUUCCCAGGUUCAACCAGGACAAGCAGUUUAUUGCGAUGGAUCAGCAUUUUGUUGCAAGGCUGAAAAUAUUCAGAGGUUUGAGACACGUGCUUUUUGUCAAAAAGCAUUGCCUGAUGCAUUUUCCAAUAUUGUCGUACUGGACAAGAGAGACACUACUGUUAGCCAUCUCCCUGUUUCAAGCUCAAUUCACCAUUGUCUACCUCUUGAAGACAAUAUCAAAACUGUUCCGAGAAUGAAUGAUCCUGAUUCUAUGAAGCACAUGGUGGGCUUUGCUGGCAAUGGACAGUCCCCAUUUGGUGUUUUGCAGGGUCUUGUUCCUGAACCUUUCCUGGAGAUUGGCACCCAGCAGCAUUUUAUGCCAGCUCAAUGUCAGCUUAAACAGGAGGCCUUGGCGAGUAAGCUAGUUAUUAGUGAUUCUUCUCCUGUCAGAGGUUCAGCAGAGCAUAUCAUUGAGCAAGAACUGCAGAAUGUUCUUGAGGGUGUAGUUGCUUGUGCUUUUCAGACAGUUCUGCCUUCUUAUCCUGACUUGACAGUUUAUGAAGGAAAUAAGCCUACUCAUGAAUUCGACCAGGAGAAAGAUGAGCACCACAAAGCUGACUCUGAGGAUGUCAGUGCUAUGUUGGCAGGGAGGGUACAUUUUCGCUUUCCUGUGUCAGAUGCAAUCGGUGGCUUGCAAAUAAUUAAAAGUUGUGACCUUGAAGUUAAGCAAGAACUAGGUUCUGGCACCUAUGGGACUGUCCAUCACGGAAAAUGGAGGGGUAAAGAUGUUGCCAUUAAACGGAUCAACAACAGGUGCUUUCUUGGGGAGCCCUUGGAGCAAGAGCGAAUGAUGCAUGAUUUCUUGAAUGAGGCAAAAUUGCUCGCUGAUUUGCAUCAUCCAAAUGUGGUGGCCUUCUAUGGCAUUGUGCACGAUUGGCCUGAUGGUCCAGGAGAUUCUGUUUUAACAGUGACUGAGUAUAUGGUUGAUGGUUCUUUACGAAAGGCUUUGCAGAAAGGUGAACGGAACUUUGACAUGCGUAAGCGUCUGCUGAUCGCAAGGGAAGUGGCAUUUGGUAUGGAAUAUUUGCACGACAAGAAGAUAGUGCAUUUUGAUUUGAAAAGUGAUAACCUACUUGUCAAUCUUGGUGAUCCCCGUCAACCAACUUGUAAGAUUGGUGAUCUGGGACUGUCCAAGGUAAAACAGCGGACUCUAAUAGCAGGUGGUAUGCGGGGAACAAUUCCUUGGAUGGCACCAGAACUAUUGAAUAACAGUGGUAAUCCUGUGUCCGAUAAGGUUGAUGUGUACUCAUUUGGCAUCGUCAUGUGGGAGCUGUUGACUGGAGAAAAACCGUUUGCAGAUUUGGAUGAUAACCACAUGAUAGUGGGUGUCGUGAACAAUACACUACGGCCGCAAGUACCAGCAUCUUGUGAUCCAGAAUGGAAAUCGCUGAUGGAGCGGUGCUGGUCAUCCGAGCCAUCAGAAAGACCAAGCUUCGCUGAAAUUGCAAAGGAGUUGUGUUCUAUUGCUUUGAAGAGCUCUUCCAAGAAUUAUAAUCGCAGAUAGGAGUUGUACAUGAUCCCUCAAGCACAGCUAUGCCAGACAAAUUGCCGAUUGCAGUUGAAUCCUGAAGAUUGGUGCGCUGUGUGUGAAUAUAUGAUAAAAGUAGAUUUCGAUAUUAGCGGCUGGACGGCUGUUUUUUUAAGGGUUUCCAUUUCUGAGACGUGCUUGGCAAGGACAAGCUCCAAGCUAGCCAUCAUCCUCCUGCUGGGCAGUUAUAGCUUUUGUCCUCUGGUGAUUAGUUCGGUACGUUGCUUAAAUUUAUUGCCAGAUACAGAUUUCAUCGGUACUCUUUAGGAGCUCGUGUUGUACCCACACGAAGGGUCUUUGUUUUCCAUAUCUCAAUCGAAUAACGACUAUAACAUGUACACCUAUGGAUAUAAUUUGUGCAUAUGUAUUAUGAUUUCUCGACUCAAAUUUCUCAA